AUGGGCAUGCUUCUAAUCGUUCAUUUGCAUGCAAAGAAGCAGGACGCAAGGGACUGGGAGCUACUUCGAGAAGUGCUCGCGAUCCUCCGAAAGGCUUCUAACGAAAGUGGUGGCUCUGUCGCUGCUGGAGCCGGCCAACUUUCUUGGGUCUUUGACAAUCGCACCAAGGAGUGGAGCCAAGGCUGCUCUUGGAAAAUAGUUAACCAUUUCUUACUUCGGAUCAACCUCGGUUGUUCCUACGAGUCCUUGAAGGCUCUGCAGGGACAGAACCAUGAGCAGGAACCUGAGAUCCCGAGGAUGGGGCCAAAUAAAAAUGCUUUCGAAACAGCCCCAGGCCAUAUAUCCACGCCUCCUACAUCUGACCUCGAUAGCGCAUCUACUGCUGUCGGCUUCAAUGAGUCUUUAGGCAAUACUCUAGGAGCUAACACGGCCGAAACUGGAGUCACGGGCAGUCACACGGGUCAGCCGACAGGGAAAUACCAUUUCUCAGUGGAUAUUCUUGCCAGUGUGGAUUUUGAUCCGUUAGGUUCAUGUCUGGAAGGUCACGGGCAGCAGGCAUGA